AUGUUACGUGAAAACACACCCAUGGAGGAAUUGAUCAACUAUAUCAUUGCUCUUCAACUAGCUCAGGAAGCUGCUCCCGUAAGGACUUGGGAACUAGCUCAGGAAGCUGCUCCCAAAAGGACUUGGGAAGUUCUUGGUGAUGGGGAUUCAUCGAGUGGCACUGCCACUGCCAAUGUGGGGGAGAAGUCAAAUUCAAAGGGUAAAGGAAUAAAAAUUGAAGAGAAGAAGGCAUCUCCAGACUUUGUUGACAGAGGGAAGAAACGUCAAAGACCCCGACAUGUGGGAGGCUCAAGUUCGAUGAUGGAAACCCCGAGGAUGCAAGAUGAGCCCGGACAUGUGGGAGACUCAAGUUCGAUGAUGGUAACCUUGAGGAUGCAAGAUGAGCCCGGACAUGUGGGAGGCUCAAGUUCGAUGAUGGUAACUCCGAGGAUGAUGCAAUAUGAGCCCGGACAAGUGGGAGGCUCAAGUUCGAUGACGGUAACCUCGAGGAUGAUGCAAUAUGAGCCCGGACUUGUGGGAGGCUCAAGUUCGAUGAUGGUAACCCCGAGGAUGAUGCAAUAUGAGCCCGGACAUGUGGGAGGCUCAAGUUCGAUGAUGCUAACCCUGAGGAUGCAAUAUGAGUCGAAACGGAGAGCAUCCGAGUUCCCCAGUGCAAUGCAGCCAAGUUUGUCGAGGCGAAGACCUUAUUUCUUCUACGCAAACCUGGGAGAGCUGUCUUUCGAAUGGUGGUUUAAGGUCUCUAAGUUCCUGUUUGAAAUUCAACCAGUGAAUGUGGAUACUAGUAUGUUCUCCGGAUUUUACAGGAAAGAAGUAUACGUGCAUGACCUCCCAACUGAAAACAGGUGUGGUAUACUCACACAGCCAAAAUUGAGUAUGUUUGAUGAAAAAAAUCCUGAAAAGUUAGAGUAUCUGAUGGGGUAUCCGCCGUACCACACUGCUGGUGUAAAGUUGGCUGAAAGAUUGAAGUUGCUUGAUUAUUGCUUCCAAACCGAUACAUUGGGUUACCACAUCUCAGGGAUCAAGGCUUAUGAAGUCGGUGGUGCUGAAAUCGCCUUAAGCCGCUUGAGGAUUCAUCUGAGAUGUGUUACUUCGAGACAAACCGGAGAGCUUGUGCAGAUUGAAGACAUCGCUAGCGUAAGGACAAAGACGCUGGAGGAUUUGGUGGAGAGGUUUGGAGGUUUUGACCUGAUCAUCUGCCAAAACCCACCAGCACCAGCUGAUCUCUCUGAAGGAAGCUCGGGAACCAAAGCCUGUGCAUUUCAGUAUCUGCUGUUCCAAGAGUGCGUUCGCAUCAUAAGGCGUGCUAGAGAUGUGAUGGAGUUAUAA